CAAGUUAUUCAGUAUUCAGAUUUCAAUGAUGAUCGUAUGAUGAUGAUGAUGAUGAUGAUCCAUAUCAUGAUCAUUCGAUGAGAGAGAGGUGUUGUUUUGCCUUAGUGUUUGCCAAUGUGUUUGUGUGAAGGUCAUCGGCAGAUAUUUUCUUCUAUCCAUUUUUUCACAUCGCCAUCAUCAAUGAUCAAAAAUUGAAUAAGAAAAAUCUACAAAGAACAAAAAAAAUUCUAGAAUCCAUCGAAUGACAUUUUAAUUUUUAUUUUGGUUGUCGAAGAAAUAAUGAUCAGAUCAAUUUUAGGCCGAAUUCUUACGGCAACCAUCAAUAAUUCAACGAUUAUAACAACAACGACGACAACAACAUCAAGAACAUUGUCUCAUUUUGCAUUCAAACCGGAUACUGCAGCCGUUUCAGAUGGUGAUACAACACGUAUGAAUCUAUUUCAGGCAAUCAAUAAUGCCCUUGAAAUUGCAUUAGUUUCUGAUCCAAAAGCCGUUAUAUUUGGUGAAGAUGUAUCCUUUGGUGGCGUGUUUCGUUGUACAGUAAAUCUACAGGAUAAAUUCGGUAAAGAUCGAAUAUUCAAUACACCAUUAUGUGAACAAGGUAUCGUUGGUUUUGGUAUUGGUUUGGCUGCAGCUGGUGCUACGGCUAUCGCUGAAAUUCAAUUUGCCGAUUAUAUAUUUCCGGCCUUUGAUCAGAUCGUAAAUGAAGCAGCAAAAUUCCGUUAUCGAUCUGGUAAUCAAUUUGAUUGUGGUGGUUUAACGAUUCGAACACCAUGUGGAGCAGUUGGACAUGGAGCUCUGUAUCAUUCUCAAUCUGUUGAAUCAUAUUUCGCUCAUUGUCCUGGAUUAAAAAUUGUCAUUCCCCGUGGACCAAUACAAGCGAAAGGUUUACUGCUCAGCUGUAUUCGUGAUCAAAACCCAUGUAUAUUUUUUGAACCGAAAAUUCUUUAUCGAUUAGCCGUCGAACAAGUUCCUGUCAAAGAUUAUAUGCUGCCAUUAUCAAAAGCAGAAGUUCUUGUUGAAGGUGAUGAUGUUACAUUGAUUGGUUGGGGUACACAAGUUCAUGUAUUGCAUGAAGUUUGUGAAAUGGCACGUGAUCAAUUGAAUACUUCAUGUGAAUUAAUUGAUUUGGCCACAAUAAUGCCAUGGGAUCGUGAAACGGUUAUUAAUUCGGUGAAAAAAACUGGUCGUGCAAUAGUAGCUCAUGAAGCACCAUUAACGGCCGGAUUUGGUGCAGAAAUUGCUGCCACAUUACAGAAAGAAUGUUUUCUUCAUCUUGAAGCACCAAUAUUACGGGUUGCCGGUUAUGAUACACCAUUUCCACAUGUAUUUGAACCAUUCUAUUUACCGGAUAAAUGGAAAUGUCUUGAAGCCAUUAGGAAAAGUAUCAACUAUUGAGAGAAACAUUUGAUGAAUCUGUUGCAUCAUUUCAGGAUCUAAUUGUGGUACGCUUAAUGCUUGUUUCCAAUCAACAUUGGUUUCAAUUUCUGUUCCACAUAUCCAUCUGUUAUCCUAUUAUAUAUUUUUUUCCAUUGUUUAA